AUGGAGAGCAAACUUUUGCAGUUGAAGCAUAUAGCUGAAAAAGUUGAGGCAAGUAAUGGUGCUCAAUACGCAGAACCAGUAGGUAACUGGACCAAGAAGCUCAAGUCUGCUUUUUAUGAUGUCGAAGAUAUUCUUGACGCUAUUGAUUAUCACCGUCUCAGAACUGAAGCUGUUCAUCGAUCUGCAAAAUCAACAAAGCCGGUUUUCAAUAUUGACCCUUCCUCGAGAGGGAAGUUGUCCAGCGCAAUAGAUAUGUUAGAAAAACUAAUUAAUGAGGGACAAGAACUUCUUUCAUGGGUGAAGUUGCCAACAGCCAACAGUUUCGAAAUGACCAAUGAACGUGAAUACAAAGGUCCAUUUCCCCCACCUGCUGUGUUUGGCCGAGUUAACGAUGUCCAAACAAUAAGAGGAAUGCUUCAUGAUACACCUGCUGCCGGUGAACCAGGACCAAGUACGGCACUGUGUUAUUCAGUAGUUGCUAUCCAUGGCCUUCCAGGAUCAGGGAAGACGACCCUUGCACAGUCUGUUUUUGAGGAGGAAAAGAAAGCUGGAUAUUUCAACGUCAUCAUAUGGAUUCAUGUUUCUCAGAAGUUCGCUGUGAAAGCUGUUACCUCUGAGAUGAUUGAGGCAGCGCUAGCACCGGGUGAAAAGUGUAAGUUGGCCCGGAAUCUUGGCAAACUGCAACAUCAACUAAAGGAAAAGUUGGAGCACAAAAAGUUCUUGUUGGUACUGGAUGAUGUUUGGAACAACAAGGAUUUAAAAAAGCUAGAUGAGCUACUUCCUCCGUUGAGAUAUGGGGAUAGUGGAAGUAAAAUACUGGUGACCACUCGAUUUGAAGGUGUAGCAAAAGCACUUGGUGCCCAGAACCUAUUUCCAAUUCCUGAACUGAAAGAGGACAAGUUCAUUGAAAUGUUCAUGCAUUAUGCACUUAAUGGUCUCAAAAAUAGUGGCCAAGAAUUUAGAGAACACAAAAUUGUGGGGAGAGAAAUUGCUCAAAAGCUAAGAGGAUCACCUAUGGCUGCAAAACUGGUUGCAGGAGAGCUAAGCAAAAAUCUACAAAUUGAUCAUUGGAUAAGGACCCGGGAUAGUGACUUGUUAAAAGAUACUAUGGGAGCUAUAUGGUGGAGCUACAAACAACUUGAGGAGCAUGUCAGGCAAUGUUUCAGAUAUUGUAUAAUGUUUCCCAGAAGAUAUCCGUUGAAGCGAGAAGAGCUUGUUGACCUGUGGAUGGCAGAAGGGUUUUUGGAGGCCGCUAGUGGAGCAAAUAAUAUGGAAAAUAUUGGUCAUGCCUGCUUUAAUGAUUUAUUGUCAUGCUCGUUUAUUCAACCAAAAGAACACAGCAGUGACAUGACAUACUUCACAAUUCAUGAUCUAUUCCAUGACUUGUUGGAAGAUUGGAGGCCAGAUAUUAAUGUGAGUAGACAUGCUGUAAGUGGCUAUUAUAGAAUAGAGGAAGGAAUUGUGAGUGAAAUUCCUGAACCCGAUCAAGUUCGACAUCUCUGUAUUGAGUCCUACAAUGAAACUAUGUUCAAAGAGCAGAUUUUGAAGCUGAAAAAUUUGCGAACUAUAUUUAUGUCUGGUACCACCGAGACAAUGAUGACUGAAAAUGAUUUGGGACUUCUGUUCAAGAGUUUAAGGAAGCUGCGGGUGGUUCAUGUGUAUUAUAAAAAAUAUAAAGACAGCAAAGUGAUCCCAAACUUUGGUGAUCAUCUGAAACAUCUGCGCUAUCUUAGUCUUUAUCCCUGUGAUGAUGACGAUGAUGAUUAUGAUUAUGAUCUGACUCUGUCAGGGGAUUUUACCAAGCUUUACCAUUUGCAGAUGUUUUAUUGCUCACGUACUUGUGUUCUUCAUCCAUCCUCCAGUGAGGAAAUGUGCAACCUUGUCAAUUUGCGUUGCAUGACCUUCCAUGAUGAAGACAUGUGCAACCUUGUCAACAUACCUAAUAUUGGGAGGUUGACUUUGCUCCGAACUCUGGGUGGUGCCUUCACAGUGAGGAAAGCUAGUGGUUAUGAGAUACAACAGUUGGAGCAGCUGGACAAACUUUGUGGAACCCUGAAAAUCAAGGGACUUGAAAAUGUUAGAAGCAAGGAGGAAGCUCGACAGGCCAAGCUAGCUAAAAAGGUACAUCUCAGAGAACUGAUACUGCAAUGGCAAACUGAUAACCAGAGCUCCGAGAACAAGGAUGUCCAAAAGUCAAAGAAACACCGGAUCAGCUGUUUGGGAGCUGGGCCUUCAACAUCCACCAACCAGAUUCCAGAUCCACAGGAGAAAGUCCUGGAGGAACUCUGCCCACCAUGCCUAACAUCAAUGCUGGAAAUCAAAGGAUACGGUGGAUCGUCGUAUCCAAGUUGGCUGUCGGAAGAUGAAGGACUGCAGUUGGAGCUCAUUGCCAGGGAACAUGGAGUGCCUAGCAUCGCUAAAGGUAUUGUUCAUAUGCAAUUGUGA